AAGGGGCGGGCUAGAGAUGUACCAAGCUCCAGGAGUUCGAUUCCCUGGAUGAGGAUAUCAGUGGAAUCCUCAGAUUGAAGGUGACACUCAGACCGCAACAAACGUUUUAUUUGAUUCGUGUAUCGACAUUCUUUUUCAUUAUUUUUUUUUUUAAUUGAAAUACGAGGGUGGUACUUCCUGAAUUCGUUUGCUCCUGGAUAGAACCCGGGAUAUGAGCUACACCGAACCAUUGUGGGAGAUCAAUGGAAAUCAAGCACCAGUGAUUACAGCGGAUAUGUCGCAGUACGUCAGCGGCGAACUCGGAAGCUACCCGAUGUGGGACAGUUCUGUUUUAUACCAAGCACCACCUCCUUCGCACUCUCAUGUGAACGAACACGGAUUAUAUAGACAACCCUGUGCAUUAUUACAUCAAAGUCGUUACACGCCUAAUGGUAGAUCUCCGAAUCUCCCAUCGUCCACCACAAAGAAACCAAGGCGUCGCGUGGCGACUGUUUCGCAAAGAAGAGCAGCAAACAUCCGUGAGAGGCGCAGAAUGUUCAAUUUAAACGAAGCUUUCGACAAGUUACGCAGAAAAGUGCCAACUUUUGCUUACGAAAAACGACUCUCGAGGAUCGAGACUUUGCGCUUGGCCAUCACUUACAUUGCAUUUAUGGGAGAGCUGCUUGGAAUUGAACCGAGUAGCCCAAAGCCAGAAUACAUCCCGAGGGAAUACUACUUGCCAAAUUAAACCUGUAAAACGUAAACAUUCACAUGAAAACCUAAAACAGAAGAAUUUGAUUAAAAAUCAAUGUUUUAUACGUAAAUCGUUUUACAAUUUCAGCAGCCUGGUAUUUUUAGAAGUGAAAUUACCAUAACUUGUGAUAUGCAUAAGAAAACAUGGUAAACGGUUGCUUACAUAUUAAAAAGUUCAAUUUGGUCUGUUUCAAAUGGAUAUAUUUCCUGGAAAAUAUUGAGUUAACAAAAUUGCAUAUGUAUGUAUAUGCGGUUGAAUGAUAACUUUGGUUAUUGGUAAGGAAACAAUAUGACGACAACCUUAACAAAUCUGGCAUUGACCUACACUCAUUUGAAUUCUCUCUUUAAUAUUUCAAUAGAUACUUGAUUUUAUUAACUUACGCUACACGUUUCAAAAUACAUACAGAAAUCAAAGUACAUUAUUAGAUGGCAGAUUUUUUAUGCAUUUAUGGGAAAUUUGCGCUGAAAUGCACAAAAUGCAUAUAAUACGCGAAGAUAUGUAUAUAAAAUAUCCACAGUAUAGUAUUCGUUAUAAUAUUUAGUAUAUAAAACAAUUUUCUACCUAGGUUACAUUUUUUUAAUUAUCUCCACAAAAAUAUGAAUUUACAUAAAUAUUCGCAGUCUAUAGAUUAUCAUCUAAUUUCUUUACUUUCGAAAAAUCAUAAAGAAGAUUUUUUAAUUAAACAUAUCGCAAAUUUGAUUCUGUAAGGAUAUUUAAUAAAAUAAUUACAUAAAUUGGAGUAACUUAUACAUACUCGAAUACUUCUAAAAAUUGUCAACAAAUAUUUUAAGUUUAUUGAUAAGUAAAUCGUCGAAAUAAUAUAAUCAUUCAUAUGAACAAAACUAUCGAGUGCAAAAUACAUCUAAGAACGUAAUGUCGUAUAUGUUUGAAAUUAAGUAAGAUUAAUGCAUCCACAUAUACGUAUAAGUGUUACAAUUCGAGUAUUAAGUAAAUUACAGUAAGCGUAGUUAAGAACCCACUCGAAAAAACAUUAACUAACACUUAAUGUUUAUGUGAUUUUACGAAAUAAGAUAAAAAUCCGUGUCUUCCAUAAUUUAUGUAAAUCUGCUUAUUACAUAUUAUCAUUAUAUUUAAAUAUAAGAUGUACAAAUACUAUCACAGUAUGUAUCUUUCGUUAGUACACCAUUUUGUCUGUUUUAAAAGAUUGAAGAAAUUUCUUUGUAUAAAAUUUUAACUUGACUGCAUUCCUUGAAUUAUUUUUUACUAAAUUAUAUUCCUCUAUCAUUAGAAAAUUUCUUAAGUUCGAGAAAAAUAAGAAAGAAUCAUUACUGAUAUAAUAAUGAUAAUAAUAACAUAAUACCAUGAUAAUAAUAAUGAUAACAAUGACAUAAUAACGUAAUAGUAACAACAUACUAAAAAUUUCUUAAAACACAAUUGAAAUAUAAAGAAUCAAAGGAUCGCAGCAAGGUUAAAUGCGGUUUUUUCGAAACUAUGCUUUUUAAUCUGAUACUCAGUAAUGUUCGAGAAUAAUCAUUAGAUAAAUUUUAAAUUUUUACACAUUAUUUCAUAUAAAAUUACUUACAAAGUACCAUAUGAUUCUUAUGAUAUUUUAAUUUGUUAAAUCUU